AUGUGUCAUAUUGCGCGAUUCAAUACACCUCCGAGGAUGAACAUAGUCUGGAAAUGGCAUAGCAGAUACGCUAGAAGAAAUGAAUAUGCAUCGACCGCUGCAGAUGACCAUUUCUUCGUUCCAAAUACAAACCGGUUCCACACAUCAAUUACACUACAUAGGAGAUUCGAGGGCUCAAAAUCGCUUUUCAGUCGCUCUCAUGCUGUUGAGUCAACUAUCGGAAUUCUAGGAAGGCAAGGCAAGCAAAGCAAAGCAUUUCAACAAAGGAGAAGGGAUCGAAUCGAUCAAGACGCAAACAAGAAACUCACCACCAUGGUUCAAUCAUUCAUGGACCUUCUACUCUUCGAUCACGAUAACUCACCAAGCUCCUCCAGAGCUUUCCAGCGAAAGGGCCAUAAAUCUUCCCUUUCCCGAUUCAGACGUUGA